AUGAAAAGUCAAACAAAGAAAAGACGAACAACAUACCACUCAAACACCACAUCGCAUUCUUCCCAUUCUAGACUUAGCCAUGACAGAGGUACACAGUCUAGUGCAUCAUACAACCCUCCUUCUAGCUCUCGAAGAUCCCCCAUAUUGAGGCAACCACUGUUCAAUGAUUCCCGAGGCUAUCUACCUGGUAGCCCGAUCCAACAGCUCACUGAUGACGAUCUUGAUCAAGUGAUAGUAGCCGUUGAUAUGAGAGAAUCCGGCACUGUGGGUUGUUCAUAUUAUUCGGCACAGGAAGAGACACUUUAUUUGUUAGGAGACAUGCAAUUGGCUGGCACCGAGAUCCUUGAUAGCCUGGUCCUUCAGACUAAGCCUACUGCACUCCUACUUUCACCGCGAGUCGACUAUCUCUGUUCACAAGACACAAACGAGUGUGGGCAAGGAAACAGUAGUCAAUCUUACCUUCCCUAUCAGCUUGAUGUUCGUCCAUCCCAAGAAUUUAGCUACCUCAAUGCGAAGAACAAGCUAGUGGCAUUGGAGAUAUCUUCGGAACACGAGCAACGCAUCAGGUUCCUCGUACCCCACAAUGGACUAAUUGAUACUGAGCAGAUGGACACCGAGAGUCUGGAUUUUACCUUACAGGAUGGCAGGUUCUUACACAUUCCCAGUUCGAUCGACAUGGAGAAUCAAGUGACGAUUGGCUGUGCAGGUGCCGUUCUCACUCACCUUCAAAGGCGAAGGGCAACGGUCAUGCCUGCUUCCAGUGAUGAGACUUCAUCAUACUUCCAGGUGCGCUCUGUCGAAAUGCUCAGCUUACAAGGAACCAUGUUUCUGAGUGGAAGGACAUUGUUAGAACUUCAAAUAAUGGAGUCGGAGUCCCAUCCAAGUAUGGUCAAUCAGGGACCAGGAAAAAAGUCAUCCUCCUCGAAGGAGGGCCUUUCGCUAUACGGUUUAUUCCAACGCUUUGCCUAUAGCCCCCAGGGACGACACCGACUUAAGCAGAUUUUCCUCCGCCCAAGUAUUGACAUAGAUGUCAUACGCGAACGCCAUGCUUUUAUUGGCGUAUAUCUACGGCCGGAUAAUUAUAAUCCGCUAAACAAACUUACGAAGAGUCUCAAACAUAUUAAAAACCUCCGUCCCGUGAUGAUCAACCUUCGAAAAGGAAUAAGUACCGGAAGUGGGAAACUAACGGGCUUCAAGAGUACAGUAUGGGCCACAUUGCUAGCAUUUGCUUUCUACGGUAUUGAUAUUCAUGAUGCCCUCAAGGAAACUGCCUCCGGGAACGAACUACCGUUGCUUCAGAAAGCUCUUUGGGUUUUGGAAGAGGCUCAGCUAUACAGAGUCGAUAUUGAUAGCACUGAGGAGCAGGGUAGGACGGUGGUAAAGCCGGGACUAGACAGGGAACUUGACAAGAUGAAAGACAGCUAUGAUGGUUUAAGCAGUUUGUUGAAGCAAGUUGCAAUAGAUAUUGCGAGUACCAUCCCGGAAAGCCUUGACAUUGAUGUGAAUGUGAUAUACUUCCCCCAGCUUGGCUUCAAUAUCGCAAUACCGCUGAACGAUAGGGGCGAGGCAACCUUCACUGGCUCCGAUGAUGAAUGGGAACUCAUUUUUGUCACAGAGAACCGGGCAUACUUUAAAGACUUUAGGAUGAGGGAGAUGGACGAGAAAUUGGGUGAUAUUUAUGGGCUAAUAUGUGAAAAAGAGAUUGAGAUUGUCUAUGAGCUAGCACAAAAAGUGCUUCAAUAUGAGAAAGUGCUUCUUGAGGCGUCAGAUAUAUGUGGUCACAUUGAUAGCCUCCUUGCCAUGUCACAGGCAGCAAGUUUCUAUAGGCUGACCCGCCCCAAAUUAGUGCGCGAAAAUGUAAUCAGCAUCAAAGGAGGCCGUCAUAUUCUCCAAGAAUUGACUGUCUCAUCAUAUGUACCAAACGAUACCCUUUUAGUUGGUGGGAAGCUGGGUGCAUGUGCUCCAUGUUCUUCAUCAAAACCCCAAACAGCUCUCGAAACAUGGGGGAGUCAAAGCAUGUUGCUAUUAACAGGCCCGAAUUACUCCGGAAAGAGCAUUUAUAUGAAGCAGGCAACCGAAAGUGUCGAAAUGGGGAUAACAGAUAAGAUACUCGUCAAAUCUAAUAGCCAAGAUAGUGUCUCCCAGAUCCAGAGCACAUUUAUGAACGAUCUACAACAAAUAUCGUUUGACUUAAAGCAGAUGACCGAACGCAGCCUGUUGAUAAUAGAUGAGUUUGGCAAGGGUACCAGCGAGAGCGAUGGUAUCGGGUUAAUCUGCGGGAUUCUUAACCACUUACUUAUAGCCGAGAAUGCGCCGAAGGUUAUUGCUGCAACACAUUUCCAUGAGAUACUCGAGAAUGAGUUUCUCAAGCCAGGACCCCGGCUGCUGCUCGGUCAUAUGGAGGUUCAGGUUUGCGAAGAAUCCUGCAAAGCGGAAGAUCAAAUCACAUAUCUAUAUAACUUCCACCUAGGCCGGAGCGAUAAGAGCUAUGGACCAAUUUGUGCGGCACUGAACGGAAUCAACGAGACGAUCGUAGAACGGGCAAAUGAGCUUGCAUCUCUCGCUGUUCGUGGAGAAAACCUGACAGCCGCUUGUGCCAUGUUGUCAGCGGAGGAAAUACACGCUUUGGAAGAAGCGGACAUGCUUGCGAGAAGAUUUCUAGGUUUAGACCUGUCAACGGAAGGGAGCGACGAAGCUACUGGGGAGGAAAGGGACUCGAACAGAGGUUUUAUCAUAUGA